UUUACUGAAGGCUUCAGACUGCAAAACGUAUGCUUACUUCUUUGCUCUGAAUGAUCUUCUCUGCACCAGAGGUCCGGAACUGGAUGAAGGGAAGUGGCCCCUGGCCUCCACAGCUGAUCACAUGAGGGUGGUUUCUAGCCUCUUUCUUCCUGUGCUCCUCGCAGAGGUGUGGCUGGUGAGCAGUUUCAAUCUCAGCUCCCAUUCACCAGAGGCUCCCAUUCGCCUGGAGUCUCAGGAUUACGAGAAUCAAACUUGGGAAGAGUACGAAUGGGCUGAUCCCAGGGAUGAUAAUGAAUACUGGCUAAGGGCCAGCCAGCAACUCUCCAAUGAGACUUCAAGCUUUGGGUUCAGCCUGCUUCGAAAGAUCUCCAUGAGGCAUGAUGGCAAUGUGAUCUUCUCACCAUUUGGCCUGUCUGUGGCUAUGGUGAACUUGAUGCUGGGGGCCAAGGGAGAGACCAAAGUGCAGGUAGAAAAUGGGCUCAACCUACAGGCCCUGAGCCAGGCAGGACCCCUGAUCCUUCCAGCCCUCUUCAAGAGAGUCAAAGAGACCUUUUCCAGCAACAAGAAAUUGGGCCUCACCCAGGGUAGCUUUGCCUUCAUCCACAAGGACUUUGAAAUUAAAAAGACCUAUUUCAAUCUAUCCACAAUGUAUUUUGAUACAGAGUACGUGACUACAAAUUUUCGAAAUUCCUCACAAGCCAGAGGGCUCAUGAACCAUUACAUUAACAAAGAGACUGAGGGGAAAAUCCCCAAGCUUUUUGAUGAGAUUAAUCCUGAAACAAAGUUAAUUCUUGUGGACUACAUCUUGUUCAAAGGGAAGUGGCUGACUCCAUUUGACCCCAUCUUCACUGAGGCUGACACUUUCCACCUGGACAAAUACAAGGCAGUUAAGGUGCCCAUGAUGUACCGGGAGGGGAACUUUGCCUCUACCUUUGAUAAGAAGUUCCGUUGUCACAUCCUCAAACUGCCCUACCAAGGAAAUGCCACCAUGCUAGUGGUCCUUAUGGAGAAAUCGGGUGACCACUUGGCCCUGGAGGACUACUUGACCACAGACCUCGUGGAGACGUGGCUCCAGGAUAUGAAAACCAGAAAAAUGGAGGUCUUCUUUCCCAAGUUCAAGCUGAACCAGAGGUAUGAGAUGCAUGAGCUGCUCAAGCAGGUGGGAAUUAGGAGGAUCUUCUCCACCUCAGCUGACCUCAGCGAACUCUCAGCCAUGGCAAGAAAUCUUCAGGUGUCCAAGGUCGUACAACAGUCAGUGCUUGAGGUGGAUGAAAGGGGAACUGAGGUGGUGUCAGGGACGGUGUCAGAGAUCACCGCUUACUGCAUGCCUCCUGUCAUCAAAGUGGACCGGCCUUUUCACUUCAUCAUCUACGAGGAGACGUCCCGGAUGCUCCUAUUUCUUGGCAGGGUGGUGAACCCGACAGUCCUGUGACUCGGGCAUGUAGGACCUCGGCCACCACAGGUGCUGAGCCCGAGGUGUCUGAAUCACAAGACGCUGUUGGUAGACGGUAAAGGAUGCAUUCUCUGUACCCAGCCAGUUUGCUAUGGCCGUUGUGUGAUUAACACUGAAAUUAAAAUGACUCAUACUUU